CAUUACCCAAAAGUACAUCCGAAUAGUCAGUAAGGGAACAGCUCUCAGUACGGACUGUUCGUUGCAAAGUAAUAUUCGAAAAUAAGCAUAAAUUAAUUGUUUAAAAAUAAUUAUAAAAUAAAUUAUUGUUUUUUUUUAAUAAAAGAAAACAUGUCCGAUCCAGUACUAAAGGCUCUAGAAGAACAUAUAGAAAAAUUUGUGGAAAAUGUGCGGCAAAUAAAUAUUAUGGUCAGUGAUUUUCAACCACAAGGUCAGACUGCGUUGAACCAAAAAAUUCAGGGGUUAGUCAGCGGAUUACAGGAAAUAGAUAAACUUAAGUCUCGAGUUCCUGAUGUCACCAUACCCCUUGAGGUAUUUGAAUAUAUCGACAAUGGGAAAAAUCCGAAAAUUUAUACUAAGGACGCUAUGGACAAGGCCUACAAUAAAAAUGUACAGGUUAAGGGACAGAUUGAUGCGUACAAGAAAUUAAAAGCUAACUUACUUGUGGAGACAAGUCGUCUUUUUCCAAAUGAAACGGCGAAAUAUCGAGCGACACGCAGCGAUUUCAAGUGAACUCUCAUAGAAACUGAGGCUUUUUGUGGCAAAUUUCAUCGGAUGUAAAGAAAAAUCGGGAAUAUUUUUUUAAUAAAAUGAAUUUUUGUAACAAAAUUUGAAAAAUUAAUUUUUGUAACUCAAAAUUGUAAUUUUGAAAAUUAUGUUCACUUACGAUUUUUUUUUGCUGUAAUGAAAUAAAAAAAAAAUAAU